AUGAACAAUUACAUUGGACAUUUCUUAGACAAUGGAUUGGCCCAGGCAUUGUAUGGCCGAAAUCGACUGCAUCGACCAGUCACUAGCAGUAAUGAGAAUAUUAUCACGGACAUGGCCGAUCGAAUGGUUACGGACGGGUUCUUGGCCGCUGGCUACAAUCGUGUUCACAUUGACGACUGUUGGAUGGAAAAGGAGAGGGACAAAGCAGGUCGACUGGUGGCGGACCAUCAGCGUUUCCCGAGCGGAAUUAAGAAAUUGUCCAAAUAUAUGCACGACAAAGGUUUACAACUUGGAAUCUAUGAAGACUAUGGAACGGAGACAUGCGAAGGAUAUCCCGGAAGUUUAAACCAUCUGCAGAUCGAUGCCGAAACGUUCGCCUCAUGGGAUGUGGACUAUCUGAAGUUGGAUGGAUGCAAUGUCAACACUACACUUAUGCCUAUUGGUUACCCAAAAAUGGAGCGUGCUUUGAAUGGCACUGGUCGCCCUAUUGUCUACGCUUGUGGUUGGCCUUUUUUCUUCUACAAAGCAGCAAUGCGUAAAAAAGACAAGAUCAACUUCACUGCCGUGCGAGCGGCGUGCAACUCGUGGCGAAUCUACGAAGACGUGGCCGGAAAUUGGAACUCGAUCUCUGACAUCAUUCGGUUUGUAAACGAAAACCAGGAUAUGUUUGCAGCGGCGCAGGGUCCAGGUGGAUGGAAUGAUCCCGACAUGCUCGUCGUAGGCUUGCCAAAUGUGACCUUGGAUCAAGCCAUGGUACAAAUGACAAUCUGGUCAAUAUGGUCUGCACCAUUGAUAAUGUCGAACGACUUUGCGAGGCUGAAACAAGAAUUCAGAGAUAUUCUGUUGAACCGUGACGUCAUCGCCAUUGAUCAGGAUCCUCUUGGAAUAAUGGGCAAGCUUGUGAGAAGGAUAAAGUACAUUAGUAUCUAUGUGAAACCAGUUACUCCUGUUCGCGACGGUAACUCGUCCUAUGCUGUGGCCGUCGUUAAUAUGCACGUACAAAAGGACAAGGAAUAA